AUGCAUUUCUCGUUCUUCGUCGUCGCUGUCGUCGCUCUCAGUCAAGCUCUCGCCAGUCCUACUGAGCUCGUCGACAGAACCCAACCUGAAAUCGUCAGCUGCUACAACAGUGGCACUAAAUCUGACCGCGCGCCAUUUGUGGCUGCAAUUGACCAGUGGUGCGCAAAGGUCAUCGGAACGCACCUGAACAAUGGUCAAGAAGUUAGCACCGUCUUUGAAUUCGGGGCUGUGGAUUAUUGGCUCUCUGCUAAAGCUAUCAAUGGGUGCUCCUUCACGAUUGACGGAAAUUGUAAUCGUCUCCUUCGUCUCCCAGUCGACAGGUGCAACACUGGUGGUGAAAAUGGUAAACAGGGUGGUGUUAUGACCGACCCAUGUGGACAAUGGAGAGCUGAUCCUGGACGUGAUGGUAAUUCUAGCUGA